AUGGCCGUGAAGCUCAUGUACUUCUUUCUCUUCGUUUACAUUGCUCUUCUAAUUUCAGUAGGGAAUGCUACUGAUGCGGGCCGGACUAUGGCCACAAAAGCCGCUGCCGCGGGAGCACAGGAUGGGAAGAGUGGUCGGACGGAAUGGCUAUACCUAGCAGGAGAAUGUGCAAAAUUACCACGUUGCAACAAAUAUUGCGUCUCCAACGGGUUUCGUCUUGGUGGGCAUUGCCAGGAAUUGUCCCCUCAAGCUUCUUAUAUUUCUUGUGUUUGUAAAUAUACGUAA